ACAGGAGGAGUGCGAUAUUAUUUGAUAACGCUAGUCGCACUCAGACAUCAUCCUAAUUUACAAUUUCUAACUGUUAAUGAAGAAUGAGCGCGUGUCGAACUGUUGAGGGAGCGGGAUGUGUGACCUGGUGGGGAUUCGGACCAGCACGAGACCUCCUGAGCUCAGACACACAUAGAGCGAGGCCUCAUGGAGAGCUGAAUAUUUUGCUGGUGGGCAGUGCAGAUCCAAGACACAUCCUGAAGACCAUCACUGGACUGACAGACUCGGACACACUACAUGUUUGGGUGAUUGAGAACAGCAUGGAGGUUGUUGCCAGACAGCUAGUACUACUUUAUGUAUCACUUCUGACCCCUGAGAACAUGAGUUUACACAAGAAGACAGAAGUGUUUCUGGAGGUGUUUGGAAACUCUGAGAUUCGCAAAGAGACGGAAGAAACGUUGAAACACGCCGCAUCUCAGCUCUCUCUGUCUAUCACAAACACUCUGUUUUCUGACUCGGAUACCCAUCCUUGCCUUGAUACAAGCCUUCUAAAGUUUAAGGAGAGAGAUGAGUUGGUACGGAUCUUUAAACUGUGGGAACGGCCGCCGUCAGUUCCUGAAAGUGUCCGUAAGGUCUGGGAUGCCCGUGUUCGGCAGCACCUGGGGACACGUUACGACUCACGGCAGGGCUUUUUCGACUGGGAUCUCACUAUGAAACUGCACCAGAGCGGCUGUGGUGUCAUUAGCAAAAAUCAGUAUGUGAAAUGGAGAGAAAGCGGUGUGGCUUUUGAGAUGAGGGAGGGGCUCUACCAAACAGCCAAUCAGAGUCUGCUCUCCACACGAGUGUUCAAUCAUAGAGGAGAUCGGGUUGCUGUUAGAGGCUAUUGGGGCGACAUCGUCUCCAGUCCAUAUCUGUCCUUCGGCAUAGAGACAGAAAACAAAGAUCUGCUGAAGAAACAGAACAACCAGCAUGUGAAGACAGCUCAGGAUAUUUCAGAAGUGAAUGUCCUGGCGUUAUUUGAAUCUCUUUCCACUAGAGGGAGCUCUUUACUGAAUGAAAAUGAACCAAACCCUUCAAGUACCUGUUGUCAAUCCACAAACAGUCUCCUAACAGAAGAGAAGACACAGAAUGAUCCACGUGCCUCUCAAACUCACACAGAACCUGAGCAACAUCCAGCAGAACAACAGACACAAGUGCUUGAUUUGCUCAGUGUGAAUGGAGUGAAAGUGAAAUUUCUGUCUCCAGACUCGCUCAGCAAACUAUCUCUCAAAAAUAAAUACAGGAACCUGUUUAACACCAUCUACUGUUCAGCCAGUAUGGUUCAUCAGCUGGAUUCUUUUCUGAGGGAGAUCACAGCGCCUGAUGCGGCUCUAGUAAUAGAGUUAGCAAACUUCCUGUUGGACCUUUCAAAAGAGCAAGUGUCCGGUUUUGCUGACAAAGUGAAGGAGAUCGCUGAAGAAUCGGGAUUCACAGAAACGCAUAACCAGAGCAGUGAUGUAUAUGCAGUAUUCACACAGAAACAAAACUGAAGGACUCUGACACUGAGAUAUUAUACCAACAAACAUCAUUAUAAUAAAACCACAAACACGUGUGUGCUUGAACAGUUUUAAUUAAAAAAAUGACCUGUUGUCUCUACCUUU